AUGGGAGAUUGCAAACAUAACUCAGCUACUGAGAUAGCAAAACCAAAGAUUAAACAUGAUUGGUAUCAAACAGAGUCACAGGUGGUUGUCACAAUACUUAUUAAAAAUGCUCAAAGUGAUAAAGUAAUAGCUAAUUAUGGUGAGCGGAGUCUCUCAGUAUCUAUUGCACUGCCGAAUACAGAAAUGGAAUAUAGUUUAGAAUUACAGUUAGCUCAUGAAAUAGUACCCACAAUGUGUUCAUAUAUUGUCAGUCCCUCUAAAGUGGAGGUAAAGUUAAGAAAAAAGGAGGGAAUAAGAUGGGCAAAUUUGGAAGGAGAAGGCAAGGAUGAGAUAGUAAAAGCAAUACCACUAGCCGUCAUAGAUGCGCUAGGACCACCUCCACAGCAGCCCCCUAAACUAUUCAAAAAAGACUGGGAUAAAAUUGAAAAAGAUAUUAAAAAAAUGGAGGAAGAGGAAAAGCCUGAAGGUGAUGCAGCAUUAAAUGCACUAUUCCAAAAAAUAUAUGGAGAAGGCUCGGACGAAGUGAGACGAGCCAUGAAUAAGAGCUUUAUGGAAUCAGGAGGUACCGUACUAAGCACAAACUGGAACCAAGUAGGACAGGAAAAGGUGGAUGUUAAACCUCCAGACGGUGUUGAAUUCAAGAAAUGGGAUAGUUAA